GGGGAGCGGCGACAUUACUGCGCUUCUGCACGCAAUGCUCUACAGAGUUGCUGUUUUAGCCGUCAGCUAAAUGUCUGUUGCAGGAACUAAAGUUUCGUUAACUGAUAUUUGGCGGAUAUUUUGGUGAAAUCCUACGGGAUUACUUUUUCAAACAAGCGAUUGACUGAGCGUGCAAAGAGGCAGAGAGGUGAAACGAACAUGUCUAUUCUGCCGUUCACACCUCCGAUUGUGAAGAAGCUCCUCGGAUGGAAAAAGGGAGAGCAGAAUGGACAAGAAGAGAAAUGGUGUGAAAAGGCGGUGAAGAGUCUCGUGAAGAAGCUAAAGAAGACGGGGCAACUUGACGAAUUGGAGAAGGCCAUUACUACCCAGAAUAUAAAUACGAAAUGCAUAACCAUACCGAGGUCUUUGGAUGGGCGUCUGCAGGUGUCUCACAGAAAAGGCCUCCCUCAUGUAAUCUACUGCCGGCUAUGGCGCUGGCCUGACCUGCAGUCACACCACGAGCUGCGUGCUAUAGACCAGUGCGAGUUCGCUUUCCACAUGAAGAAGGACGAGGUGUGUGUCAACCCCUACCAUUACCAGCGCGUGGAGACACCAGUUCUUCCUCCAGUACUGGUUCCCCGACACACUGAUAUCCCUGCUGAGUUUCCCCCGCUGGAUGACUACAGCCAUUCUAUCCCUGAGAACACCAACUUUCCUGCAGGCAUAGAGCCUCUGAUCAACUACAUACCUGAGACACCCCCUCCAGGGUAUCUCAGUGAAGAUGGUGAAAGCAAUGAUCAACAGAAUCGCAGCAUGGACACAGGUUCCCCAAACUUGUCACCUAACCCUGUUUCCCCUGCAAGUAGCAACCCUGAUCUGCAACCGGUGACAUAUUGUGAGUCAGCGUUCUGGUGCUCCAUCUCUUACUACGAGCUGAACCAGCGGGUAGGGGAGAUAUUCCAUGCCUCGCAGCCCUCUCUGACCGUGGAUGGCUUCACUGAUCCGUCCAAUGCUGAGAGAUUCUGCCUGGGUUUGCUGUCCAAUGUUAACCGCAACACCGCUGUGGAGCUCACACGCAGACAUAUUGGUCGGGGAGUGCGGCUGUACUACAUAGGUGGUGAAGUGUUUGCAGAGUGUCUGAGUGACAGUGCCAUCUUUGUCCAGAGUCCUAAUUGCAACCAGCGCUAUGGCUGGCACCCCGCCACCGUGUGUAAGAUUCCUCCAGGCUGUAAUCUAAAAAUCUUCAAUAACCAGGAGUUUGCGGCUCUGUUGGCUCAGUCGGUGAAUCAGGGAUUUGAGGCUGUGUACCAAUUGACCCGCAUGUGCACAAUCCGCAUGAGUUUCGUCAAAGGCUGGGGAGCAGAAUACAGGCGCCAGACUGUAACCAGCACCCCCUGUUGGAUAGAGCUACACUUAAACGGCCCCCUGCAAUGGCUAGACAAGGUGCUCACCCAGAUGGGCUCACCCAGCAUCCGCUGCUCCAGUGUGUCAUAGGAGACCCAGCACCACCGGCUUCACAACCAGGAACCACCACCCGCCUGCAUACUAACCGAGAAAACAUGAAAAGGCUGGACAGGCAGACAGACAGACAGACAGACAGACAAACAUACAGACAUACAGACAUCCUCUCAAGUGUUUCCUUUUAGUCUCACUCCACUGCUUGCCGGUCCAGUCAUUCCCAUACACACAGAGUUUUGAGCACUUUCUGUUGCUGAUACCUAUACAGCAUGGCUUGUAUAGCUGUGCAUGAAAUGUAGGUUUGUUUUGGUCAUACAAAGAUAGAUAUAUAUUUUGGCUGUUUUUUUUUUUUUACAUUUAAUUUUAAGCUUGGCUUAAAACAUGAGGUAUUGAACCUUACAGAGUUUAAACACUUUUCAUAUUCAUUGAAGAUGGAUAUGGAUAUAUAACUGGUGAAGUAGAUUUUUAUUAUUAAUCACAUACAUAAAGCUUGCAGUACUUGAAAAGCUGCAACACUAUGUAAUUUGGGGAAACUAUCUGAAUUUCUCUCAGGCCCAGCAGUUUGCUGUGCAUGCAUUUAGCAAUUUCAUAGGCCCUUAACCUCAGAGGGUUAGUACUGCAUCCCCACGGCCUUCAUUCAAGUGGCUGCGUGGGAGUAUAUCCCUAGCUGUUGGCUGUUUUAAAGUGAACAGUAGCUAGGUACUGCUCUUAUGGUGUGUUGGCGCUCACAUGCCAUAUUGGGCUACAUGCACUGAGCAGUUCAGCACAAUUUAUAGGAUGGUUCAAUGCUGUUAACCUGGUUAUUCUUUUUCUUGUAGUAUGAAAACUAGAUGUCUGUCUCUUUUCAAGAUGAUAUAAAGCACCUCUUGAUACAAGAUGUGAUGCCUGAAAGAUGUAUUUAAGAUUUAUGUUGUGACUUGGAGCUGUUUUUAUGCGAUACCAUGUAAUUCAGAUGCUACUAAUUUUUUUUUUUUUUCGACACUGGUUCCAGAAAAAUAUCCAGCAGGUAUAAAUCAGUAUGACACGUUUUUGCUCCAAUAUUACCCGGAAAAGGUUUUACAUUUACAACUUACUGCUGUGCUAUUAGGGGAACAUUGGAUGAAUUGUGUUUGUAGUGCCCAACAACACAUUUGGGAUUUGGUAAGGAACUUAUCAAACGUGCUGUUCUGUAGAGAGGCAGAUGUCUUGCAGCUGCAAUUAUGUUUUGUGUGAUAAAUCAUGUUUUAAAUGUUCCGCUGUUUUACUACAUCCGAGAAAUAGUCAGCACACGAGCCGGCAUAGAGCCUUUGUUCCACUUUCUUUAUCUUCAGAGCAUGUGAACAGUUUCUGAUUUUCAUCAAUAUAAAACUAAGCUCAAAGUCAAUGGUCAAUGGUCGAGUAGACUGCAUUUAAAAGACCAGCGACAGCUUUCUCAGUCGUUCUCCAUAGCAGGUUGCAGUGCAGUUUACCUGGUAAUGGCUACGUGUGGCUCACAAGAUCAGACUAGGAAAAUGUGAUAAGGGUGUCCCAGAAAAACAAUGUAUAUCAUUAACUAUGCGUUAACCUUAAAAGCCCUUGGUUGUAAUGUUAGAAGCCCUUGGUAUGUUUUGUAUCAUAAAUACUGAAAAUGGUGCAUUUUUGUGGUACUUAGUCCAGUGUAGCACAACCUUAACCAUGUGAAGCACUUGUCUUUACUACUCUAUCAGAGAGUAAACAAAUCAUUCUCUUCAACGCUGGAAAUUGGAAGUUUGUCAGUGACAUAACUGUAUCCAUUGUUUCAGAAAAACUGAAAUUUGUAAAAAAAAAAAAAAAAAAGAAAGAAAAAAAUAGAUUUUGUAAUUCUUAUUUUUGCAUAACAACCAGACAGGAGAGUGCAGCAGUGUAUUUUUGCUGUCACUUAGUGUAUAUUAUUAUGUCAGAGCCUGUAAGAAGGGCCCCAAUGAGUAGCACAAACCCACCCAUUUUACAUUUAUUUUUUCCCCCUCUCUCUCUCUCAUGCUUUUUGCUUCGCUACUUCUUGUCUGCAGCCUCAGCUUUACUAAAGUGUUUAGGCAUUGAAAGCCUGAUGAAUCAAGAAACAUUGCACGCAGCAGCUACGGCUAUUCAAGGCAGUAUAUGUAGUAUCAGAGAACCAGGAGGAACUCCUGUUUUUUAUAGAGUGAUUGUCAGUGGUUUUUUUUUUUUUUUUUUUUUUCUCUUGGCAGUCCUAGUCAGAUUUCUGAACCUCGAGCUUCAGAAUAGCUAGACCCAGGCUGCCUGUGGGUGGCUGGAUCAGGGCCCAUGUUUAUCAAGCGUUUAACAGUAUGCUCAUCCAAGAUCAUUGCCCUCUACUGCUUUUACCCUUACUCUUACUUACAUAUAUGUGGAUAUGAGAGUAGGCCAAUCCCAUCUGAAGUUCCUUUGUUCACCGAUAUUUGUUCACCGAUAUAUGGAUGAAGACGGAACACUUGCUCUCACUAUACGUACACCUUCACAUCCUAUGGGUGCGCCGCAGUCGCCUGUGGAGUUAAUUCACUCAGUAUACCGUUAUGUAUGGCACAUCAAACAGAGAAUUCAAACUCAGGACCAUCUGGCCACUUGAAAGAAAAAUACUUCAUGCACACAUUAUACUAUAUAGUCAAUUCUGUGUCACUGCCAAUUAUUUUUGUGUCAAAGGAAAUGGAUGGUCUAUUGUAAAUUGAAGACUAUAAAGAUAUUUUUGAAAGAAUGUUAGGAUGAGGAAAACACUGCUGGCAGCUCCUGAUGUGUGCUCAUAUUUUUUACUACAGAGGUUGAAUUCUCACAUGGGAUGCUCUGUUCUCAUGGCUGGAUUGUUUUUGAGCCAGGUCCUAUCAGUAAGAUGGGCAUAUUAUCUUGUAUGUAGUCUAAAGAUUAUGAUUAUAUAAUUACACUGACUGGAUCCUUUUGAUUAAUUGCAUGGUCUUGCAAUUCUUGAAUUUCCAACAAAGAUCAGCAGUUGCACUUUGUUUGAGCAGGCACACUUCAGACUGCAGCUGCCUCCUGCUGAUAGCUUAGGCAAUUACAUGUUGAAAUAUUGCUCACUCUGUUUCUCUCAAAGCUCUUAGAAAAAACUUGCUUAUGAAAAAUGAGCUUAUGUCAUCAAUGAAGUCAUAAGGAACUGCAUUUACAGAAUUGAUCCCUGUGGUUUGAUCUCCCUUUAACAUAGAACCGUAAACUCUGCGUCCAGUGCUGUGGACCCUGCUAGAGCUCCUGUAACAGUGUCAGCAGUGUCCAUGUAGGGUCAUGAUUCUUGUCAUUUUUUUUCAAAUUGAAAUACUGCUUUGUAGUAUCAUGUUCUUAUCCAUACACUCAUUAUGUGAGGCAAAUGUAAAUCUGUUUCUGUCUUAUGGUUUCAAUACGUAAUAAUUACCCUUAUAUAUUUUUCAGAUGUUGCUUAGUUUUUGUUUGCCUGAAAUGUGCUUACUCUCUGCUACUGUACCUACAUAGCUUUUCCUUACAUUAACUGUUUAAGCUAUUGUUAUAUUGCUUCAUUUUGUUAUUCAAAAAUUUGUAAUAAAAUAUGUAUUUUAAACUGGA